AUGUUCAACCCAGCUGUUUUACUGUCCGGGUGCACGUCAAACGGAAUGAGCAACAUAUAUCUGCUUUCUUUGCAGUACAACGAAAUAGGAUCUCCGAUAUUGACUGCCCCUGGUCAAGUGAGCUCAACUAUUGCAAACGCUGUCUUUAAUGUCUCACAGGCGGGGAAUGGGACUACUCUAGUGGAAGUUCGUGCAGGCUACAUGGGACUGUGUGUUGGCAAAUUAGGCCUUGGCCUCGACGAGACUCGCGUCUGCUCAAGUAGUGCCAAAGCAUUGGCGGCUUUUGUCCAAGCGGAGAAAAAGACAAUCAAUCAUGGGAAUAUGAGCAUUACCAUCACACCGGAUCCGCUCAAUUUGAUCAUGGUUGCGGAGGAGUUUAGACAGAAAAUCGUGUUUGACGGGUUUUUAUAUGUGGUUAUCGUGGCCUGCGUUAUAGCGUUUAUCCUCAUGUCAACAUUUCCGGGGUGGCAUGAAGAGAGCGGUGGAAGUGGUUCUGACAUCGAGGUCAAGCCAUUUCCUUCUCGCCAGGUAUUACGGGGCGUUUUAAUCGUGCUGGUGAUUGGGUUCGGCCUUGGGAUUAUCUCUAUACUAUGGCAGCAUAUCAAUAGUAGCUCUACCGCGUCUGUGGCCGAAAUCCUCAGUUAUGGUGCAGUUUCAGGCCAUGUUGGAGCCGGUUCAAUGGCACUUGGCUGGAUUUCAGUGGCCAUCAUUGGGCUAGUCGGCACUGCGAUAUUAACCAUGAUUUUGAGUAUCUCUAUGCUUCGAAAGUUAACAGACGACUCGGAGUAG